AUGGAAAGUUUGAUAUCGUUGGUGAACAGACUGCAGAGAGCUUGCACUGCACUCGGAGAUAAUGGAGAAGACAGCGCUUUGCCUACUCUCUGGGAUGCGCUGCCUUCCAUAGCCGUCGUCGGUGGUCAGAGUUCUGGAAAAUCUUCAGUACUCGAGAGCAUUGUUGGAAAGGACUUUUUGCCUCGUGGAUCUGGGAUUGUUACUCGACGUCCUCUUGUACUACAGCUUCAUCGCAUUGACGAAGGUAGAGAAUAUGCUGAGUUUGGACAUCUUCCGAGAAAAAGGUUCACUGAUUUUGCUGCUGUGAGAAAGGAGAUCUCGGAUGAGACUGAUCGAGAGACUGGACGUAGCAAACAAAUUUCUAGUGUUCCAAUUUAUCUCAGUAUUUAUUCCCCUAAUGUUGUGAAUUUGACCCUGAUCGAUCUUCCCGGACUUACAAAAGUGGCUAUUGAUGGUCAGCCGGAAAGCGUUGUGCAUGAUAUUGAGAACAUGGUCCGGACAUAUAUUGAGAAGCCAAACUGUAUUAUUUUGGCUAUUUCUCCUGCCAAUCAAGAUCUUGCAACUUCAGAUGCAAUCAAGAUUUCUCGUGAAGUAGACCCAAAAGGAGAAAGAACAUUUGGAGUUCUAACGAAGAUCGAUCUUAUGGACAAGGGUACUGAUGCUGUUGAUAUUCUGGAAGGAAAGGCGUAUAGGCUGCAGUUCCCAUGGAUAGGUGUUGUUAAUCGCUCUCAAGCAGACAUUAACAAAAAUGUCGACAUGAUUGCUGCUAGGCGUAGAGAGCGGGAAUAUUUUGCUCAAACCCCAGAGUAUAAACAUCUUGCUCACAGGAUGGGUUCUGAGCAUCUUGGCAAAGUUCUGUCCAAACAUUUGGAGUCUGUUAUCAAAUCUCGAAUUCCAGGACUGCAAUCACUUAUUAACAAAACUAUCAUUGAGCUAGAAUCUGAGUUGAGUCGUCUAGGGAGGCCCGUUGCUACAGAUGCUGGAGGAAAAUUGUACAUGAUUAUGGAAAUCGUUCGUAUCUUUGAUGGAAUAUUCAAAGAACAUCUAGACGGAGUUCGAUCCGGUGGUGAUAAAAUAUAUAAUGUCUUCGAUAACCAACUGCCUGCUGCAUUGAAAAGGUUGCAGUUUGACAAGCAUCUUGCAAUGGAAAAUGUACGGAAAUUAGUAACUGAAGCAGAUGGAUAUCAGCCUCAUCUUAUAGCACCUGAACAAGGUUAUCGUCGUCUCAUUGAAACUGCCUUGGUUACUAUUAAAGGUCCUGCUGAGGCGUCUGUUGAUGCGUAUCCCUCUCUUAGGGUGGAGGUUGGGCAUGCAGCUGUUGAAUCGUUAGAGAGGAUGAGGGAUGAAAGCAAGAAAGCAACUCUACAGCUAGUUGAAAUGGAGUGCAGUUACUUAACUGUAGAUUUCUUCCGCAAGCUUCCUCAAGAUAUGGAUAAGGGAGGAAAUCCAACUCAUUCAUUAUUUGAUAGAUACAAUGACUCAUAUCUCAGACGUAUUGGAUCGACUGUGUUGUCUUAUGUCAAUAUGGUUUGUGGUGGUCUGAAGAAUUCCAUUCCAAAGUCUAUCGUUUAUUGUCAAGUUCGUGAGGCAAAACGCAGCUUACUCGACCAUUUCUUCGCCGAGUUGGGAAAAAGAGAGGCGAAUCAAUUAGGCAAACUUUUGGACGAGGAUCCAGCUAUUAUGCAGCGACGGGUCUCUCUUGCAAAGAGACUGGAGUUAUAUAGAGCUGCUCAAGCUGAGAUUGAUUCAGUGGCAUGGUCAAAAUAG